AUGCGAUUCUUCGUGGUAUUACUGGCUACCCUAUUUGCAGGAACUUCUGCUUUAUCCGCGGCUAUGGAAGCAAAUGUCGGCCUGCCAGUCGAUUUUUUAAGAAACAACCCUCGAGAUGCUGCUCCUACCAGGAAGCUACGAAGUGACAGAACGGAGGACAGCGAACAGCGAGCAAUCAGCUUCAACGCUCCCACACCAUCAAAGUUUGUCGAAUGGUUGUUUUCACCCAAGGUGGCAGCGGCGAAGAAGCUCAAUUUAGCCGAAAAAAUCAGGAUCGAAAAGUGGAUGUACAAGCAGAAGAACUCGGAAUACGUCUUUAACAAGCUAGGUCUUAGCGGCGGGCUGGAUGGGAUUCUCACCAACCCGAAGCUACAUCUCUACGCAGCCUAUAUCGACCGGUUCAACAAGCAACACUCCACGAAUAAGGUCUCAAUGCUUGACAUGUUCACGACGACUUAUGGAACUGACGGUGUAAUCAAACUUCUUGGAAUGGGAACAAGCGACGCAACUACUAUGAAAUUUACAUCGAGACUGCGGACGGAGCUCGCAACUAGUUGGGUCACGUCGGGGAAAACCGCAGACGAGAUUUUCACGCUGCUAAAGCUGGACAGGGGGGCAUAUAAAAUCUUCACGACUCCGCCGAUGAACAAGGAAGUCACCAACUCAAAGCUUUAUCUGUACGCACGCUACCUUGAUAUAUUUAACAAGGAAAAACCCAAGGAGCAGGUUUCAAUGCUCGACAUGCUCAGUAAGACCUACGGUGAGGACGAUGUGGCGAAGAUGGUUGAACUGGGGUUGAAAAACCCCAAAAUGGAAAAAGUCUCAUCAUUAUUGCGGGGAGAUCUGUUAGGUAAGUGGCAUAACAGUGAAGAACCCGCGGAGAAUGUUUUCAAGAUUCUAAAGCUUGACGAAGCGGGAUAUGACCUCUUCGCGUCUCCGCAGUUGAAUACAUGGUAUGUCCAUAUCAAAAGCAGUUAUGAUCGAGCACCCGAAGAUGUUAUGCUGGAUGUGUUGGUUGGACAUUAUGGUUACGACGGCCUAUCAAAGAUUUUUAUACUUGGAGAGCAAAGGAUAGAUCUUUUUAAGAAGCUUCCUAUGGAUUUGGAGAACAUUAUGGUAAAACGGUGGCUGACAGAAAGCAAAUCAUCGAACCAAGUUUUCGAGCUAUUGAAGCUGAAUAGAGGACUGGACGGUCUUCUGAUUAACCCCAACUUGAGAAUGUGGGAGAGCUACAGGAUGAAGCUGAGCUCACAAACACCUGAGAAGGUUCCUCCGGCGAUAAGCACGGUCCUGACAUUCUACGGUGUCAAGGAUCUGUCCGCUAUGCUCGAGAAAGCGAUCAACGUUCCUGCAACUGCGAGUAUUGCAGCGAAAUGGCAGCAUGAGCUGGCUAAUAAGAUCAAGCGAUAG